AGAUCAUAUGAUGCUGUUUCAUUAAUCGAUGCUUCAAUGUUUUGUUUUCCCCCAAUAAUCUAUAAUAAACUGAUAGUGCUAUAAGUGUCCGAUCCCAGCUGACUUUGGGCUAGGGGCGAGGUGGACCCUGGACAUGUCACCAGCGACAUAAAAGUAAUAUUGCAAUUUAAAUGAUUUUAUAUUAGAAAUUAAAAAUGUUUAUGUGGUGUAUUUACUAACUGAUGCCCUUUUAUUCUCUGAGAAAAAGGAAGACUGAUUAAUAGAGAACAUAAUAAACUGUUUAUUGUUGACUUAAUCACCUCUUUUCCUCUCUUCUUCACACCAUCACCUCCCCAGACGUGGCCACAAGCCGACAGUUACUUUGGUUUUGUCUUAGCAACAGUAACAGAGGAUUUGGUGUUCAGGGGAGGGAGGAGGGGGGAGGAGAAAGAAGGAAAAGAGUGAUAUCAGAAGACAGAAUAGAUCAGAGUAGAUGUACAGUAUGUUGGGGAGAGCUCACAGUGAAUAGAAGGAAUAUGGAUUUGGUUUGAGGAGAUGAUGUGCAGCGUGCAGAUGGACGUCCAGCUGUGGCUCACGGUUUUGAAGAUGUGCAAUGGCACCAAGAAGAGGAUGCAAGAAGUGUUUCCUCCGGAAACAACAGAGAGAUAAACAACACUGCACUUGCAUGAAGAAACAUGGUAAUAAACUCUUAAGGUAAGAGACUUUUCAUGGUGGAUUUGAGGUGAAACUUUUGGAACUCUUCACUCUGGAAUGGGAUUAUCUUCUGCAUUGAAAUCACAUUACUUCCUUGCACUAUUCAAACCUUGAUAAUGUAAUUAUCUCCAAAGAUGGGACACAUCACAGCUUCUCCGUGGAUGUUGUCAUCCUGUGCGCUUCGGCACCACUAACUCAGUAUUACAUGCAUCAGGAGGAUUGACCUCACCAUCAUGUCUGUGAACCGGGUCCACAACACAGACACGGAGCAGUCUGUGGACUACUCUGUGGAGUAUUCAGUGCAGGAGGGCCGUGCGCGGGAGGUGACCGUGCUCCAGUCCAGCUGCUGCAGCUGCCUGCCCCGCGCCGUGCGCCUCACCUUUACGCCCGAUUCUUUGGAGCGGCUUUACCAGAACUACUUCCGCCGCCAGAGACAGGACAACCUGCUGGUUCUGGCGAUGUUCGCCGCUCUCUUCAACAGCUUCAUCAUCAUCAUGUGCGCGGUGGUGUACACCGAGGACAAGCUGGCCAUGGUGGUGGUGGCAGCCGUGGGCCUGGCCGCGGACAUCGUCCUUUACGCGCUGUGCUGGUUCCAGAAGCUCCCCGCGUCGCCGGUCUCCCGUGGAGCGGUGCCGUACAUUCUGUGGCUGAUGGUCACCGUGCACGUUCUGUGUUACAUGGGACUCAACUAUGAGCGUUUCCAUCACGCCAGUGACUCGGUGGGCUGGCAGGCCUUCUUCAAUUUCUCCAGCUUCCUGACGCUGCCCCUGAACCUGGUGCCUCUCCUGCUGCUCACGGCCCUCUCUUCCGGGAUACACACCCUGGUGUUGGGGGUGAUUGUGGCCCAAAGGUUUGAAGACAACCUGCAGGGGCCCAUGCUGGUGAGACAGCUUUUCGCCAACAUUAUGCUGUACCUGUGUGCAGCCAUGGUGGGCGUGAUGUCCUACUACAUGGCGGACAGGAAAUACAGAACGGCCUUUUUGGAAGCGCGUCAGUCGCUAGAGGUCAAACUCACCCUGGAGGAGCAGAGUACCCAGCAGGAGGAAUUAUUACUGUCCAUCCUGCCCAAACAUAUCGCUGAUGAGAUGCUGGAGGGCAUGAAGAACCAGGCCGAUCAGCAGGAGGUGCAGCAGCAGCAGUUCAACACUAUGUACAUGUACCGUCAUGAAAACGUCAGUAUCCUGUUUGCUGACAUCGUGGGCUUCACCCAGCUGUCCUCAACCUGCAGUGCCCAGGAGCUUGUGAAGCUGCUCAAUGAGCUGUUUGCACGCUUUGAUAAACUGGCAUCGGAUCAUCACCAACUGAGGAUUAAGAUUCUUGGCGACUGCUACUAUUGCAUCUGUGGUCUUCCUGACUUCAGAGAGGACCACGCCGCCUGCUCCAUCAUGAUGGGCCUUGCGAUGGUAGAGGCCAUCUCGUACGUGCGAGACAAGACAAAAACCGAUGUGGACAUGCGUGUGGGCGUCCACUCAGGCAAGGUGCUGGGAGGAGUGCUCGGUCAGAAGCGAUGGCAGUUCGAUGUUUGGUCCACAGACGUCACCGUAGCCAAUAAGAUGGAGUCUGGAGGGAUUCCUGGGAGAGUGCAUAUAUCCCAGAGCACCAUGGACAGUCUGCAUGGAGAGUUUGAACUGGAGACGGGGAACGGUGGAGAAAGGUGCGAGUACCUGCUGGAGAAAGGCAUCGAGACAUACUUGGUUCUGGUGCCUAAACAGGGGGCAAGUGGACCUAAUGGGAAAGCACCCAGCAGACUGUCCAACAGAAAUUCAAACCAGUUGAUCAACACUACAGCGACCAAUGGGAACGCAGCCUCACCCCAGGCCACACCCACUGAGUGUAAACAGGAGAGGACUAAGAUGGUUGAGGAGAAAGUGAUCAACAGUCGACUGCAGCAGGAGCUUCUGGAGAGAGAAUCUCAACAAAUAUUGAUGGAUCAUCAGAUCAACCCUGUGUCAUUGCGUUUUGUGGACGGAAAGCUGGAGGAGCAGUACUCCUCAGAGAAGGAGAAGCGGAGCGGAGCGGCCUUCUGCUGCUGCAUGAUUGUCUUGUUUUUUAUCACGGCAAUGCAGGUGCUCAUAGAUCCACAGUUGGCUGUGAACUAUGUGACUUUCGUAAUAGGAGAGGUUUUGUUGCUAAUCCUCACAGUGUGCUCCAUGGCUGCCAUUUUCCCCAAGAUGUUCUCCAAGAGGUUGGUUUCUUUCUCAACCUGGAUUGAUCGCACCCGAUGGGCAAGAAACACAUGGGCCAUGGCAGCCAUAUUUGUUCUAACCAUGGUUGUGAUCGCUGACAUGUUAAGUUGUGGCCCACCAGCCAUUCGGGUCUCCAACAGCACCUCCGGCACCAUCUUGGAGUCAUUCGGUGACCAAAGCUGUGCAGAAAAUCCGAAGCACUACAGCUUCAUGGCCGUGAUGUCACUCAUCGCAACCGCCAUGUUGGUGCAGGUCAGCCAGCUGAUCAAACUGGGCCUCAUGGUGCUGGUUGUGACGGCAACUGGAGCCGUGAAUAUCUACAGCUGGAGGGACAUUUAUGACCUUAACGACUAUAUACAGUUUGCCUCCUACAGAUCAUCUAUAGUGCCGUCUAAGUAUCUGAUGACCAUGAUGAUUAUCGUCAUGAUGAUUGGUUUCUACUUCUUCGCUCGCCAUCUGGAGCGUCAGUCCAGAAAGCUGUUCCUGUGGAAGGUUGGCGUCCAUGACCAGAAGGAGAAAGUGUUUGAGAUGAGACGCUGGAACGAAGCCCUGGUCACCAACAUGCUGCCCGAACAUGUGGCCCAACACUUCCUGGGCUCUAAGAAGAGAGAUGAGGAGCUGUACAGUCAGUCUUAUGAUGAAAUAGGUGUGAUGUUUGCUUCCAUCCCCAACUUUUCUGACUUCUACACUGAAGAGAGCAUCAACAAUGGAGGCCUCGAGUGCCUCAGGAUACUCAACGAGAUCAUCUCCGACUUUGACAGCUUGCUGGACAGGGACGAGUUCCGCUUCAUCACUAAGAUCAAGACAAUAGGAAGCACCUACAUGGCUGCAUCAGGACUCACUCCUGAGAGCAACACCAAUGGCUACAGCAACCGCAAGCCAGAGGACCAGUCCCGGAUUGAGCGCUGGCAGCAUCUCGCUGACCUGGCCGACUUUGCCUUGGCCAUGAAAGUCACCCUAAACAACCUCAACAAACAGUCCUUCAACAACUUCAUGCUCCGAAUCGGUCUGAACAAGGGUGGCGUUCUGGCAGGAGUGAUUGGAGCUCGUAAACCUCACUAUGACAUCUGGGGUAACACAGUCAAUGUGGCCAGCAGAAUGGAGUCCACCGGAGUGAUGGGAAACAUCCAGGUGGUGGAGACCUGCUACGACAUCUUGAAGGAGUACGGCUUCCGCUUUGUCCGAAGAGGGCCCAUAUUUGUGAAAGGGAAAGGGGAGCUGCUAACCUUCUUCAUGAAGGGCAAAGACAAUCCCAAUAGCAAUGGCGUCCCAGUGACCACUGCUCUUCCACACCAAGUUGGGGACGUUUCUUGACUAAUUUCACCCGAGGAAACGUCAUGAACACGAGGAUAAGCCUUGGCAGGAUGACCAUGUUGCUCCAUUUCUCACAUAUACACUUUUUUUUAGACCUUUUAACUUUUUCAUACAUAACUGUAGCAAUGUAAAGCUUAUGGAGGUAGACCAACACAACUAAAUACUAUUAUGAGCAUUAUAACAGUGAAAUAUAACUUCACCCACAAAGAAGUUUAAGAACAGAGGGAUUUUGUAGCUGUACAUAUUUCAGGGAUACACUUGAAUAUCUCACAUGGCUUCAGCAUAAAAGAUUUGUACUUGACUGAUAGAGUGCUAUGUGGAUUACAAGCUUGAAACAGAUCUAAAUAAAUUACUUUCCUAUGUUGUUUUACCUCUAGGCCAGGUUUUGUAAAAUAAUGGAGGUUGAUCAAACUGUAUUUAU